AUGUUGUACUCUGUACUCACUUUUCUGUCGCUGAUCGGCAGUGUCUACACACUCCCAUCUGCUGCAUCUUCUCCAUCCUCCGAUAGAACUGCCCGUGUACUCGCACGCCACGAACCGGGCUUGAACAACAACCCCAAGUCAAAGCUUUACGAGACUCGCUUUCCCAACGUAACCUGGGACCAAGAUAACUGGGAGUUGUCCACCACACUUCUGGACCAGGCUCAUUUCCAGUCCCGUAUCCCCAUCGCUAAUGGUUACCUGGGCAUCAACGUUGCAGCCGCCGGUCCGUUCUUCGAAGUCGACGAGCCAGUCAACGGUGAUGUGGUUGACGAGUGGCCGAUUUUCCAGCGCCGACAGACGUUUGCGACAGUUGGUGGCUUCUUCGACUCUCACCCUACGACGGAAAAAAGCAACUUUGGCUGGUUAAACCAGUAUGGCGGCGAAAGUAUCAUCAGUGGUAUUCCCCACUGGAGUGGAUUGGUGGUGGAGCUGAGUGAUGGCAGCUAUCUGGAUGCCUCGGUGGAGAAGUCGACUCUGUCUGGUUUCAGAAGCUCGUUUGACUACAAGGGAGGCAUCUUCACUUGGGAAUAUACUUGGACGCCGAGAGAUGUCUCCUUUGCCAUCCAAUAUCGCCUGUUUGCACACAAGCUCAACGUCAACCAGGCCGCGGUUCAGCUCCAAAUUACCCCAUCUGCGGACUCGCAGGUGACGAUUGCUAACGUUCUCGAUGGCACUGCAGCUGUCAGGACAGACUUUGUCACCAAGGGAAGAAAUGCCAGUGCUGGGGCUGUCUACAGCGCGGUCCGCCCGAACGGCAUCAAUAAUGUCACUGCAUAUCUGUAUGCGGGCAUCCAGGCAUCGAACGAGUUCAAAAAUUCCACGGCCUCUCUGCUGCAGAAUAAACCGUACGUUGGUGCAAACGAGUCUUCCAUCGCUGAAGGUGUGACAGCCAGACUGACAGCCAAGACGACUGCCACUAUCACCAAGUAUGUCGGCGGAGCCUCAUCAGAUGGCUUCGCAAACCCGCAGGAGGUGGCCAAGAAUGCAUUCACUGCUGCGCGCAAAUCAGGGUUUGAGUUGCUGCUGAAAUCCCACAUUGCCGAAUGGAGUGUCGUCUUCCCAGAUGACUCCGUGGAUGAUUAUUCCUUCCCUGAGAAUAGAACCCUCCCCGAUGACCCGAAUAUCAUCGAGUCUGCCAUCCACGCAGUCGCCAACUCGUAUUACCUGCUUCAAAACACAAUCGGGGACAAUGCACUCGCAACAGUGAACAAUGCUCCUAUUGACUCCAACAGCAUUUCUGUCGGCGGACUGACAUCUGACACAUACGGUGGGCUUAUCUUCUGGGAUGCAGAGGUCUGGAUGCAACCUGGAUUGGUCGCCUCAUUCCCCAGUGCUGUGAAGACCAUCGCCAACUAUCGCACCAACCGAUACGGCCAGGCUUUGGCAAACGCGCAGACUUCGUAUGUAUCAUCCAAGAACGCCACCCGCUUUUCCAGCAAUGCAGCGGCAUUUCCAUGGACCUCUGGCCGAUUUGGCAACUGCACCGGUACCGGUCCCUGCUUCGACUAUGAGUACCAUAUCGGCGGCGAUAUUGCCCUUUCUUUCAGGAACUACUGGGCCGUGACUGGUGAUACCGAGUUCUUCAAAGAGUCCCUGUUUCCGGUGCAUGAUUCCAUUGCGACCUUCUAUUCGGAGCUAGUGACCAAGAAUGGAUCUGUAUAUGAGCUCACCAAUAUGACAGACCCAGAUGAAUUCGCCAACCAUGUGGACAAUGGCGGGUACACUAUGCCUCUCAUUGCGACCACUCUGAAUACUACAAACUGGUUCCGCGAGCUGUUGGGUCUCGAGCAGAAUGAAACCUUCACUGAUAUAGCCGACCACAUUCUUGUAGGCCGGGAUCCCAACUCAGACAUCACUUUAGAGUACACCGGCAUGAACGGUUCGAUCAGCGUCAAACAGGCAGACGUUGUUCUCAAUUCAUUCCCUCUGGAAUACACCCAGAACUAUACUUCGAAGAACGCCUUGAUCGACAUGGAAUAUUAUGCCAACAAGCAGUCUCCAGAUGGACCCGGCAUGACCUUUGCCAUCUUCUCCAUCGUGGCAAACACCAUUGCGCCAUCCGGAUGCUCGGCAUACACAUAUGAUCUGUACACCACUCAGCCCUACACCCGUGGCCCCUGGUUUCAAUUCUCCGAGCAACUGCUGGACGAUUACUCGAUCAAUGGCGGAUUCCAUCCCGCAUUCCCAUUCUUGACCGGCCACGGAGGAGCAAACCAAGUCGCCCUGCUUGGCUAUCUCGGGCUGCGCUUGACCUCUUCCUUCACCCUCUCCAUCAACCCGAAUCUCCCGCCCCAAAUUCCUCAUCUCAAGUACCGCACUUUCUUCUGGCAGGGAUGGCCCAUCACCGCGCAGUCCAACUACACCCACACCACCAUCACUCGCUUGUCUGAUGCCCUCCCAACCGCAAACCAGACAUUCGCCAACGCCCCCAUCGUCGUGCACGUUGGCCCUGCAGACAACUUCACCUCGUACUCCCUCCCAACAAAAGGGACAAUCACGGUGCCCAAUCGCCAAGUCGCUUCGAUCAAGACCGUCCCGGGUAAUAUCGCACAGUGCGCUCCAAAGGUCACGACCAACUCGCCGUACGAACCGGGCCAAUUCCCCCUCGCCGCCGUUGAUGGCGCAGACACGACGAAAUGGCAGCCAGCGCAAGCCAACACAUCCUCGCGGAUUACGGUCUCCCUCUCGCCCGAGACAUACUACACACGCAUUUCAUCCCUCUUCUUCGACUGGGCAUCCGCUCCUCCUCUGAAUGCCACCGUGUAUUUUCACAACUCGACCAGCUCCGGUUUUGCUACUGACGCUCAGACUCACCGGUUCACCAUCGCUCCUGUCAAUGUGAGCGCACCGUAUAAUGCUGCCUCUGCCGCGACAAUCACCCCGUACACGGGAAAUACUACAAGCGUGACCUUGCCCGAUGGAUUCUGGUCAGGACGGUACGCUACGCUCGAGAUCAUUGGGAGCCAUGCUUUGGAGAAUCCCCUCAACGGGACAGGCGCGAUCGUUGCAGAAUGGGGUAUCAUUGCUGAUGGGAAGAGUCUGAGAGUAUGA